AUGAGCAUCCGGAUGAUUGCCGAGGCUGUAAACGCCGAUAAAGAAACGGUUAGAAAAAUUUUACAUGAGGAAUUACAUAUGACAAAAGUCUGUGCGAAGUUGGUGCCAAAAAACCUGACUCCUGACCAAAAGUUCUUGCGUCAACAGGUCUGCUCAGAUUUCCUUGAAAAGUUAAAAGAAAAUCCCGGACUGAUGAAAAACAUUAUAACUUGCGACGAAACAUGGAUNAAAGCAAGAAUGUCCAAAUCAAAAUUUAAGGCAAUGUUGAUUGUUUUUUUUGAUAUUAACGGUAUCGUGAUGACUCGAGAUCGUCGGUUCUAGAGGGUCAGACUGUACACCAGAUUUACUAUUUAUCAGUUUUGGCAACACUGCGAGAAAAAGUUCGUAAAAAACGGCCCGAGUUGUGGAAGAACAACUCAUGGAUUUUGCACCAGGACAACGCAACUGCCCAUAACGCGCUAUCUGUGAAGCAGUAUUUGGCCGGUAAGCGCUCUCCAGUGCUCGAAUACGCGCCGUACUCGCCAGAUUUGGCAUCGUGCGACUUUUUUUGUUUCCAAAGAUAA